UCUUUCCUUCUUUCCUUCCUCCGUACAUGGCGGCGCGCACAGCGAACGUAAAUAUUGCAGCGUUGAACAUUGAAAAGUGGUGCUCUGUCCGCGGAGACAAUAUUGGGAUCUCCACCAUUUGACGGGACCCUUUGUUUCUUGCCGUUAAUGUCGAUUCUCCAAGCCAAUUGGAACCAAAGAACCCCGAGCAGAAGUUCUAGGAGGAAACCGAGACCCCCAUGCUUAGAAACCCGAAGAGACAGAGAUCUGCGUGUUUGGGACGUCGAGUUCCAGCCCUCGGGAUUUUCAACCCCGAGAGAUGGAGCUCUCCCUAAAGUUCGUUGGUCAACUCACAAAAGUAAAAUUGGAGCCUCUUGACGCUAGCCUACCAGAACAGGGCCAGCAACAGGAAUGUAACGAGUCUUCAUGGGGAGACAACAAUUACGGGGCAACUCGAGGGAUGAUCCAAAUUAAAGAAGAACCUCGAGAGGAAUCUUCGGACGAACAUCCGAUCAUUGAAGUGAAGACAGAGCCUUACAACACUGCAAUUUUGGACCAGGUGGGAUACAGCCAUGACUCAACGUCAGAAGGAGCAAAAGAAAGCAGCGAUGGACUUCACAUCAAGGACGAGUUCAGAGGCACCUGCGAUCACGCAUCUUCAGGUCUCUCCUCUUCAAGUGCACAGUUCGAGAUCGGCACAACAAGAGUUGAACCACAGUGCCAAAACGAUGCAUUAGUCACCACUGACGGUCGACCCACAGAGCAAUCUUCAGACCAGAGCGAGACUCAAGUGGCAAGCAAGUCAUCGACGUUCGGACAUGAGAAAGACAGGCUUUAUAAGUCCAACAUUUGUUUAGACGCAUGCAUCGACACUGGCCACUUGGAGGUUCAUGCCAAAACUCACAAAACAAAGACACUUACCUGCGACAAGUGUUCAGUGACAUUCCGUCAUGCAUCAACUCUGCGAGUGCACGCAAGACAUUGCACGGGACUAGGCUCGCAGAAGUCGAACGUAAGUGCACCUGCAUGCGCAUCGAGCGCACACGAGUGCAAUCUCAGCCCUGCAGAGUCCAGCCACAGUAUGUGCCUGCAGCGUCCCAAGCGCACGCUCGUGGGCAAGAAGAGCUUCAGGUGUGAUCUCUGUGGUUUUGAGUUCAACAAGAGGUACAAGCUGCGCAAUCACAAGAAAGCACACAUGAGUGAGGGGCUAUACCAGUGCACCUUCUGUCCUGCACAGUUCAGGCGAAGCGCGAUGCUGAAGUAUCACAAGCAAAAACAUACAGGCGAGAAGGCCUAUAAGUGUGACCUCUGUCCCGCAGAGUUCAGUCAUAGCUCUAGCCUGUAUGUCCACAAGCGGACACACACGGGCGAGAAGCCCCAUAAGUGCGAUCUCUGUCCUGCAGAGUUCAACAAGAGGUACGACUUACAGCGUCACAGGAGAACACACACGGGAGAGAAGCCAUACAAGUGUGACGUCUGCCCUGCGGAGUUCAGCCGCAGCUCGAUGCUGUUGCGCCACAAGGGGACGCACAUGGGGGACAAGCCCCAUAAGUGUGAUCUCUGUCCUGCAGAGUUCAGCGAGAGGGCGGACCUGCGGUCUCACAGGCGAACACACACGGGAAAGAAGCCAUUGUCUGCGCAUUGGAGUUCAGCCACAUGAAGAGUCUGUCACAUCACAUGCGAGAACACACAGGCGAAAAGCCCUAUAACCCUGUAUCCACACGAGUCAGUUUUCUGCCGGCAGCAAGUCGGGAAGGAGUGAGAGGAUAUCCGAGAUAAACGAGGUCACUACGCGUCUGAAGACCCCCGCUCAUUCUCUAGCAUUCACACGAGUCAUUUUCCCGGCGGCUGUCAGUUUUCCGAUCCCUUCUGUAUUCGUGAUUGCAUAUCGUCUGUGUCUAGCGUAGGAUGGACCAAUGAAAGAAAAAACUUAUUGCGCUUGGGCUCCUUGUGGAUGAUUCAGAGUGCAUUCACGUGAGAAACGGGACAGGAUAUGGGCCAAAGGAUAGAUUCCGAAGAAGCGCUAUAGAAUGUAAAACAGCAUUAAUCCAAAUCUCCAUGUGGACGACCCAAACGCCUGUCGGAGUAUUUUGAGAAUAGACGCUGUCACAUUCGGUUUUAUUUUCCACUAAUGAAGCAUAUCACGAUGCUGAGCAUCAAUAUAGGCGCGACAGCGUGCCGACAAGUGAUGGACUGGCGAUGAAGCUGUGGUGUCGAACUACAGGUAGUCAAUAAUUAAUUAAAUUAAUUUAUUUUCCUUUCGGUAGGACGAGUAGCUUCCAAUUAUUAUGUUUUUAUACAUGUAUUGGAAACGUGCAUGCGAACGAUUAUGUGUAGUCAACGUCUGUCCAGCGAAAGAAAUAUCCGCGUUUAUAAAAUUCAUGCUUGUAUUCCGUGUCUGUUUCGUCUCACGUAGAGAAAAAGCUUACUAUGCAACACUACAUUGUAGGUAUCUCUCUAUAUAUUGCAUAAUUGUUCCGAAGCUGCUGCGCUGGUGUGUCAUUGCACCACUUUCGCAGUAAAGCCAAGCAUCGUUGGCGUUCCAAUUCAGAAUUUGCCAUAGUACAGUGAAUGCCGUUGUAUGGGACACAUGCAGAACAAUCCCGAUGAAAUAAAAAGCAAGCGCGAUAAGUAUCCGUUGCGUCACCUCCUCCUGCAGCCGACAGCAGACGCCGCCGGUCGUCAGAAUCUGUGCCUGGAGCACAAGAUAUCCGGCUGCCUCCAACUGCCGCUCUGGAGAUCAGAAAGUGGUGUUGUGGCGAAGAGCGCCGGUCACGUGGCACCAGAGAGCGGUGACGUUUCCUGACGCCUGAGCGUCAGCCGGCAGAAAACUGACUCGCGUGAAUACAGAGUAAGUGUGAUCUCUGUCCUGCAGAGUUCAGCCGUAGCUCGUACCUGUUGAGCCACAAGCGGACACACACAGGCGAGAGACCCCAUAAGUGCGAUCUCUGUGCUGCAGAGUUCAGCUGUAGGGUACUCCUCACACACCACAGGCGGACGCACACGGGCGAAAAGCCCUACAAGUGUAAUCUCUGUCCUGCAGAGUUCAGCCAGGGCACGA